AUGUCUUCUGCCGUGUCGGGCUCAAGCCCCGAGCCUCGAAACCGCCAUGCAAACGGCAAAGUGUCCUCCCCUCCCAAGCCCGCCAUCCCGGUAUCUGAACCCGAAGAAACGCACUACGAAUUCGGCGGGCCCCUCGGCGUCACCGCGCUCAUGAUCGGUUUCCCCCUGCUCAUGUACUACAUGUUCCUCGGCGCAACCGUCUACUCCGGCUCGCUUCCGCUCCCUUCAAAGGACCAAUCAGUCCCCGAGUUCCUAUCGCACCUGUACAAUCUGGCUCUAGAGCACGCAUACCCACAUAAACGCGCCUGGAUCAUCUACUGGACAUUCCUCACCCUCGAAGGCGCCGCAUACCUCUUCCUCCCGGGCGUCUACAGAAAGGGGAAGCCGCUCCCGCAUCUUAAUGGCCAUCAACUAGACUACUACUGCUCCGCGCUAUGGAGCUGGUACGCGACCAUCAUCGGCGCGCUGGCUCUGCACUUCACAGGUCUCUUCCGCCUCGACACGCUCAUCACGGAAUUCGGACCGAUCAUGUCCGUCGCGAUUCUUUCAGGGUACAUCGUCAGCAUACUCGCAUACACCUCCGCCCUAGCCCGCGGCGCGCAACACCGCAUGACGGGAAACCACAUCUACGACUUGUUCAUGGGCGCGGAGCUGAACCCGCGGCUGUUCCGCUGGAUCGACAUGAAGAUGUUCUUCGAGGUGCGGAUUCCGUGGUUCAUCUUGUUCCUGCUCACGCUGGCGACUGCGCUCAAGCAGUGGGAGGAGCUGGGCUAUGUCGCGGGCGAAGUGUGCUUCCUCCUCAUGGCGCAUUUCCUCUAUGCGAAUGCGUGUAGCAAGGCGGAGGAUUUGAUUAUUCCGACCUGGGACAUGUACUACGAAAAAUGGGGCUUCAUGCUGAUAUUCUGGAACCUCGCCGGCGUCCCCAUGAGCUACUGCCACUGCACGCUGUAUCUCGCCCUGCAUGACCCCUCCGAGUACCGCUGGAACCCCGUGAUUCUGGGCACCUGGGCGGCAGCCUACCUGUUCGUGUACUGGGUCUGGGACACGUGCAACUCGCAAAAGAACAUCUUUCGCGCCGAGGAGAAGGGGGGCACUGUGCUCCGCAAGACAUUUCCGCAGUUGCCGUGGCGCAAGGUCGUUAACCCUCGGACGAUUAAAGUAGAUGCCAAGGAUGGGGGUGGGGUUAUUCUUUGUGAUGGGUGGUACGGCCUCGCCCGCAAAACACACUACACCUGCGACUGGUUCUUCGCCGUGUCCUGGGGCCUGAUCACGGGCUUCAACUCGCCGUUUCCCUGGUUCUACUCGGUGUUCUUCACCGUGAUGAUUAUCCAUCGCGCGCGGAGGGAUAUCCAGCGGUGUCGCGAGAGAUAUGGCGAGGCAUGGAAGGAGUAUGAGCGGCGCGUGCCGUAUUUGUUUAUUCCGUACGUUAUCUAA